AUAGCUCCCUGGCUGACGUUAUUCUCCGCUUUCCUGAAACCACUGUGCACGUUAGCAAUUAAUGGCCUCUCUAUCAACCUCUAUCCAACCAGGGCGAGUUCGGGUCCUUAAAGAAGGAUUAGAAAAGCAGACGGGUCCUGUUAUUUACUGGAUGUUUAGAGAUCAGCGGUUAAGAGACAAUUGGGCUUUAAUACAUGCCGUUGAUCAAGCUAACAAGGCCAAUGUACCUGUUGCUGUUGCUUUUAAUUUGUUUGAUCAGUUUCUAGGAGCUAAAGCUAGGCAAUUAGGGUUUAUGUUAAAGGGCUUACGUCUACUUCAGGGCAAAAUUGAAGAGAGACUUCAAAUUCCGUUUUUUCUAUUCCAAGGAGCAGCUGAAGAUACGAUUCCGCAGUUCUUAGGAGAGUGUGGGGCUUCACUUUUAGUUACUGAUUUCUCACCUUUGAGAGAAAUUCGUAAAAGCAAAGAUGAAAUUUGCAUGAGGAUCAGUGAUACUGUGACCAUACAUGAAGUUGAUGCUCACAAUAUUGUACCUAUUUGGGUAGCAUCAGAAAAGUUGGAGUACAGUGCUAGGACUAUAAGGAGUAAGAUAAAUAAAAGGUUACCUGAUUACCUUAUUGAUUUUCCUGCAUUACGACCACCUAAUACAAUGUGGUCUGCUGCUGCAAAUAAGUCAAUUGAUUGGGAUACUCUUAUUGAUGAAGUUUUAAGGAAAGGAGCAGAAGUUCCUGAAAUUGAAUGGUGCAUGCCGGGAGAAGAUGCAGCAAUGGAAGUAUUAAUGGGAACUAAAAAUGGAUUCUUGACCAAAAGGUUGAAGAAUUAUUCCACAGAUAGGAAUAACCCACUAAAGCCUCAAGGGCUUUCUGGUCUCUCUCCGUAUCUUCAUUUUGGGCAGAUAUCUGCACAGAGGUGCGCCCUGGAGGCAUGCAAGGCACAGAAGCUUUGUCCUCAGUCAGUUGACUCGUUUUUGGAGGAGUUGAUCGUGCGUAGAGAACUGGCAGAUAACUUCUGCUUCUACCAGCCUCAUUAUGAUUCACUGCAAGGGGCAUGGGAGUGGGCUCGUAAUACCUUGCUGGAUCAUGCAUCUGACAAGCGAGAACAUAUUUACUCGAAGGAGCAAUUAGAGAGGGCACAGACAGCUGAUCUGCUAUGGAAUGCUUCGCAGUUGGAGAUGGUGUACUACGGGAAGAUGCAUGGUUUUAUGCGUAUGUAUUGGGCAAAAAAGAUUCUGGAGUGGACAAGAGGACCUGAAGAAGCUCUUGCAAUAUCAACAUAUCUAAACGACAAGUAUGAAAUAGAUGGAAGAGACCCCAGCGGCUAUGUUGGUUGCAUGUGGUCCAUUUGUGGCGUUCAUGACCAGGGUUGGAAAGAGCGACCCAUUUUUGGGAAAAUUCGUUAUAUGAACUACGCGGGUUGCAAAAGGAAAUUUAAUGUUGACAGCUACAUUACAUAUGUCAAGAGGUUUGUGAGUGAAAUUAAGAAGAGGAAGGCAGAAACUCAGUUUGGUAGAAAAGCAAAAGAGCCCUGCCAUUAGGCCAUCCAGAUUUCCAGUUGACGAGGGUUAUUAUUAUAUUCUGUUAAAAAACAAAAUGUAGUCUUCUCGUUUAGAUGGAUGCUAAUCCCAACACAGAAAGAGAAAAUCCUUUAUCUUUUUAUCCAUUGUUUUGGAAGAUAUGUAGAAUUGAGAAUUUGAGACGGAAGCAAAUCUAAUAAGAACACUUGACAACUGCUCCUA